AUGUCUGCACCUUCUUCCUUUGUGUCACCCAAUAUGAUAUCAGCCUUCACUUCACUCAUGUCCGACACAAUACCUAUGUUAACCUUACUUAUGCCUAACAUGGCUGCUGCUAUACUCUUACCUUGUCCUUCUCAUAAUAGGACUAAUAUAUAUGUAUUGUUUGAUGAAAAUAAACUUUGUUUUGAUCAAAAUCUAUACACUUCUAACAAAACAGAGACCUUCUCUGAUAGCCUGAUCCCACCUAUUGCUUCCUUGCCAGAUGAACCUAGUAAGGACAAAUUUGUACAUGCUAUUGACCCAGAUGAAGAAGAACCUUUGCUCCUUGCCUCUAAUGAUGAGAGCAUUCAGAUUCUAACCUUUUACAAUAUACUUAACAUUAUAUUAAAUGAAGCAGAUAUUGCUAAUGCAAAUGAAAACAUGUCCAUACCAUCCUCUGCAGCAGUGCUCACACCUCCUCCUACUGAUACUCAAGACUCCAUUGAUGUUUUCCUCAUUUAUCCAUCAUUUGAUGAUAAGUCUACUUAUGCAAACUUGACCUUCACAUUACCAUUCAGUGCCUUCUUAGUGGCACUACCUAAUUCUAAUGUGAGCUUACCUAGGGAUAAUGAAUAUGCCCCCUCACUCAUGCCCUCUCAUCCUUUUAAGGGUGAUCUUAAAUUCAAUUACUGUCUAAGCCCACUUUGA